AUGCCGUCGUAUUUACUCCCCACUUCAAACGGGGUCGAUUGGUCUUGUGAACAGCCUCCUAGCUACGAUGUGCCAAAUUCAAGACAAAUCUUGCGCAUAUGUGUCAAUCUGAAAUAUCUCAUUGACAAAGUGGUACCAAUCCUUUACGAUGAGAAACUUAUCAUGUGCGACCAUUCCCGGAUCUUAAAUCUGCACGUCAUUACCUUAGCGAAAGAAGCUUGUGGCGGGAAAAAAGACGAUCCUAAGUCGCUUCACAAGUAUCAAUCGGUGGUGAUUUUCUCUCUUUUGAAGGUCUGCAGUUGGAAUUGGGAGCUCGCUGCAAGUGAGCUGCACAAUGCCGAACUUUAUUAUUUAAGAGCUUCGGCAGCACAACAAUUGUGCAAGCUGAUCAUCGAACAAGACGAGACCCGUGACGCACAGUUUUUGUUCAUCCAGAUGCUUUGUCAACGGUACGUGAUUAACGAAAACGACGAAGAUUCCGUGGCACAAAACGCUUUGGAGCUUGCCAUGGACAUGCAUUGCACCACCGUCAUAGGUUCCAGUGGCUACCAAAGGUGUCUUAAAUGGCUUUGGCGCGGUUGGAUUGUCCAGAAUAAGUACGACAGCAAAUCGUAUGUGAUUUGCGACUCGGUUUCGUCAUCGAAGUUCACAAGUCAUUUUCAUCCGGACCGCUUGAAAACCCCAAUGUAUCAAAACAUCAUCACUAUAAUCUUCUCCUUCGUGUUUCUGGUGCUCUAUACCAUUGUGGUCAAUGGGAAGGACUCUCAAGAAGUACAAGGCAUAGACUUCUUGGAAGGUGUUUUCUAUUUCUUCAUGUUGGGAAGCAUUUUUGAUGAAAUCUCUAAAUGCUACCAUGUGGGUUGGUCAUAUCUUGGGUUCUGGAACUCUUUCAAUGACACCAUGUACUUCAUUAUUUCAACUUCAAUGAUUCUGAGAGUGAUUAGUGUUAGUCCUAUUCAGACGCGCUACCCAGCAGAGUAUUGGGAUAAGAUAUCUUAUCGGAUACUUUCUUGUGCGGCGCCUAUGGUAUGGACUCGACUCCUCCUCUACUUGGAGUCAAGCCGUUUCGUCGGUGCUCUGCUCGUUGUCCUCAAACAUAUGAUGCAGGAAUCGAUCGUCUUUUUUUUCUUACUUCUCCUGAUCGUCCUUGGAUUUAUGCAGGGCUUCAUCGGCUUGGACUCUUCCGAUGGUAACCGAGAGAUCACCUGGCCCACCAUUUCCAACCUGCUGCGAACCGUGCUAGGCGCAGGUAGUUUUGAUAUGUUUGACGAUUUUGCCCCACCUUUCGCAUCUAUUCUUUACUACUCCUACUCUUUCGUCGUCUCCGUGAUUCUGCUCAACAUCCUCAUUGCAUUGUACAGUACCGCAUACGAUAAGGUCAUCGAUAACUCAGUUGAUGAAUACAUGGCUUUGAUGGCUCAGAAAACACUACGUUAUAUCAGAGCUCCUGACGACGACGUUUACGUUCCUCCCUUGAAUUUGGUGGAGGUUUGUUUGUCUCCAUUUUUGCAUUUCAUGCCUCGGAAGAUGGCCAAAAGGGUGAGCACAUUCGUGCUGACGAUUCUUUAUUUCCCUAUGUUGUUUGUUGUUGCUGUUAAAGAGGUUAGGGAAGCAAAACGCGUGUGCUACAAUAGAAUGAAAAAGCAAGAAGAUGAUGCUAAUGAGUCAGAUGUGGCAUGGGAUCUCACUGAUGGUUAUGUCGAUGAUGCGGAUGGUUGGAUUCCCAGAGGUAAUACAUCUGGCAUCGCUGCUACUCAAAAGAAAAACAAAAGAACUCUCAAACUGCAGAAAGAAGCCGAACUCUCAGACCCGGACUUCAGAGUGAAGCCUGACUGGUUCAAAAGUGUUAAGUGCAGCGUUCAGCCUGUUGAUAAUGGGUUCAGAUCCGGUAUAGGUUGGGAAUCCUACGAUCUGUACCGCGAAAUCACCAAACAGAGAGAAGAAUCCGACAAACAAACCGAAAUGAUUCAGACUCUGACUAAGAUGGUAAAGGACUUAUCCAUUCGCUUGGAUUCUCAAGAGAAAUAA